AUGGCUCUUCUCGAAGCGAUAAUCUCCCGUCUACCUCAAUCGACGCAAGAAUGGAUGAUACCACCAAUGCCAAUUCCUGACGUACACAAUGAUCCUUCCAAGAUACAACUUAUACGACUGGGACAUGUAUACUUUGAGCAUCGAAACCUCAAGGAAUUCGAGAGAUUUGCCAAGGACUUCGGAUUUAAUGAGGAGCGGCGCAUUGGAAAUACCAUCUACUACCGGGGAUACGGAAAGGAUCCUUACGUCUAUGUAGCCUCACAAAGCCAAACACGAUCUUCAAAUUUCCUGGGCGCCGCCUUUGUCGCCAAAGAUGAGGAGAAUUUCCAGAAAGCUACGAAGCUUGAAGGCGCAAUUGUGAAAGAUCUCACUCAUGCACCAGGAGGCGGUCGUCUUGUCACCAUUCCCCGUCCGAACGGAACAUUCAUGCACGUCAUCUAUGGACAGGAAGAACGCGAAGUCAAUACCGCAGAGUUACCAUCACAAAUUAUUGAGUCUCACGGCCCAUUCAACGAACCCUUUAAGAAAGGUCGAUUCGGCGUCUUCCAACGCUUCAAACCGGCUCCAGCCCUUGUCCACAAAGUCGGUCAUUUCGGAUACGUUUGUUGCGAAUUCGACCAAGAGUUUGAAUUCUACACCAAAAAUUUCAACAUUGUACCUUCCGACAUCUUGAGCCACGAGAAAUUUGGCUGGGUUGAUUUCAUGACCUUCAUGCACCUUGACCUUGCCCGUGCUCCGCCAGGCACGGCAAAAACUUAUGUGCAUCAUACCUCCUACGAAGUCGCAGACUUUGACACGCAACUGAUGGGACAUCGGUACCUCGAAAACCAGAAAUGGCGCCCUGUCUGGGGCGUGGGCAGACAUGUGCUGGGUAGCCAGAUAUUCGACUACUGGCUCGAUUCAAGCGGCUUCAAGGUUGAGCACUACGCUGACGGAGACUUGGUCAAUAUCAAUUACAAGAAUAAAAGGAGUGUAGCAGGUCCUAUGGCUAUCUGGGGACCAGAAAUACCUAACGACUUUGCAAAGAGUAAGGCUGGUUAA